UCUGUCUUUCCCCACACUUCUACCCGCUUUUCAACCAAAACCUUGAUAAUGCUCGAUAACGCUUACUCUAACAAAUUUCUCGUCAUUCCCGAUCAAAAAGAUGAGUAAUAGCCAGGAUAAGACGUGACUGGUUGAAUCUUCUCAAUGAAAUAUCAUGCAACACUGGAAUAGAUUUGUAAUCUGCGGUAUAGUCUUUUCAUUCUUUGGAGCUAUAUUCGUCUUAUCAUGUAUCCUAACGAUAGAUAGCCUGCUAGUGAUUAUCGACUACCAUUCGCUGGAAGAAACAUUCAAUCCCGAUGUCAUUCCUUCAUCUGUUUGGUUGGAAGACAACUCGGAAGAAGGACAAAAUCUCCAAGAGUUAAAGAUUGUGUGCUACUUGACAAUGCCUGGCGCUGAUGAAACAUCACAUCUAAGUCCUGCAGACAUUGAUCCAUUGCUCUGUACUCACCUCAUAGUGGGAUUUGGCAGUGUUGUUAAUUGCACACUAACAUUGGGAGACAAUUUCCAAGUAUAUCAAAGUGCUAGUAAAUUAAAAUCCAAAAACCCUGACUUGAAAGUUAUGAUUAGCGUUGGUGGGAUCAAUGAGAUAUCCUCUGGCUUUCCAGAAAUGACGCAAAAUCAUACAAAUAGAAAAAUAUUCAUUAGAUCAGUAUUGAAUCUUACCAAAACUCUUAAUCUCGAUGGGCUGGACAUAGACUGGGAGUUCCCAGCCUGGCUUGACGUAGAUGGACGGCAAAAAAUUCACUACAUUCAAUUGCUCCAUGAGUUACGAAAGGCGUUUGACAAAAGAAACCAAAAAUUAGUGCUAUCUGCUGCUGUUGCGGCACCUGAGGCUAUCAUAGACCAAAGCUACAAUGUACCUCAAAUGGCUGAAUAUCUAGAUUUCGUGAACUUAAUGGCUUAUGAUUAUCAUUACUUCACUCGUUAUUUGCCAUUGACCGGCUUCAAUGCCCCGCUGUUUCCUAGUUCCAAGGAAAUAAAUUAUCUGUCACCUGCAAACGUGAAUCGCUCAGCACAUUAUUGGGUGGAGAAGGGAAUGCCUCACAGUAAAAUAGUUGUUGGUAUACCGACUUAUGGCCAUUCCUAUCAUUUAAUUAAUCCGGCUAAUAAUGGAAUAGAAGCUCCCUGCAGUGAUUAUGGCACAUUGGGCUUUGGUGGAUUCGUUUCUUAUUCAAAUAUCUGUGCUUUUUUGAGUAAUGGGACGAUGCGUGUUUUUGAUGAUGAGAGUAAAGUUCCUUACGCCGUCCAGAACACAGAGUGGAUAUCUUACGAUGACGUUACCAGUAUAACGAUCAAAGCAAACUGGCUCCGAUCAGCUGGGUUUGGCGGAGCGAUGGUAUUUUCCUUAAACGCAGAUGAUUGGAAUUCAACUUGUGAGAAAAAUUUAUCAUUCCCAUUAACACGUACUGUUACAAAAAUCAUUCGAAAUUGAAUUAUACCGGCGAUAAAUACAAUACGUCACAGUAUUAUAUUUAUGAAAAUUGUAUACUUUAUUAUCUGAGGUAAUACAGGUUAUUUAUAAUA